UGAAAUGUAAUGUUUCUGGUAACAGGAAGAUAGUCUACCUUUUUAAAAUCAUGUUCGUUAGUGUGCGCCUAGUACCAAGCCUACGAAUUUUAUUGCAAAGUAGUAGUAAGACAGCUGACCGGAGUGACCUCAGAAUGACAUAACAGUGUUGGAGCGGGCAGGCAGUAAGCGUGGAGUUGGUAGAGAGUGAGUGUGUGUUGAGUGUGGUUUAGUGUAGUACCGGCAUAAAAACACAACGAAAAUGUCUCAGGAACCUCCAAAAUCCAUUCCCAAGCACAUAAAAUUUUUAUUUGGCGGUCUGUCCGGAAUGGCAGCAACAUGUUUUGUUCAACCGUUGGAUCUUGUGAAGAACAGAAUGCAAUUAUCGGGGAUGGGUGCCAAAACAAAGGAGUACAAGACGAGUUUUCAUGCACUAACAAGCAUUGUGAAAAAUGAAGGCAUAUUUAGAUUGUACACUGGAUUGAGUGCAGGAUUACUGAGACAGGCCACCUACACUACUACAAGGCUUGGUAUCUACACAUGGCUACUUGAAACUUUCAGUGGGUCUGAAGGGAAACCUCCAGGUUUUGCAAGUAAAGCUGCUAUUGGCAUGACAGCAGGUGCAACCGGGGCCUUUGUGGGUACUCCUGCAGAAGUGGCUCUCGUACGCAUGACGGCAGAUGGUAGACUACCACCAGCAGAGAGGCGAAAUUACCGCAAUGUUGCCCAUGCCCUUUGGCGGAUUGCAUCUGACGAAGGUGUACUUGCACUUUGGCGUGGUGCUGGUCCUACAAUGGGACGUGCGAUGGUGGUAAAUGCUGCACAGCUUGCAUCAUACUCUCAGGCAAAACAAUUGUUACUAUCAACAGGUUACUUUCAAGAAAACAUAUUUUGCCAUUUUGUAAGCAGCAUGAUAUCUGGUUUGUUAACUACCAUUGCUUCAAUGCCUGUUGACAUUGCAAAGACAAGAAUACAAAAUAUGAAGAUGGUUGAUGGAAAACCAGAAUUCAAAGGUGCCAUUGAUGUGCUGAUGAAAGUGGUUCGUAACGAAGGCUUCUUCUCUCUGUGGAAAGGUUUCACUCCUUACUAUGCUAGACUUGGACCCCACACUGUGCUGACUUUUAUUUUCCUAGAGCAGAUGAAUGCAUUUUACAGUGUCCGUGUACUUGGACAAGAUGCCAGCAAGACAAGUGGUCUGUAACAUAUGCCAAGAAACCUUUUCCAUUCCAUUGUAUAGUAACCUUGCCAUAAAUGCAAGCACCAGCACCAUCUUUGUCAUUGGUAAUAUGUUUUACACACAAUUUGUUCUCUGAGACUCUUUUUACUGAAAAGAAAUCCCUCUCUCCUCCGCCUCUAGUCUUUUCCUGUUUUCAUUGCAGUAUUUGAUGUUCGUCCCUUUGUUAACAUCAACACAACAACACACAAAAUGCUGUUUAUAGUAUGAGUCAGAUUAACUUAAAUGAUUAAUGAGUUUGCUAAGUGUGCAUUAAAAAUUUCUUUGUAAAUGAAUGCAAUAGCUGAUUUCUUAAUUUUUUUUUAUUAAUACAAUACCAUUGUUAUACCCCUUAAAGCUAACAUGGAGCAAUUAGCAUAAAAAGUGGUUCCCUUUAUCAUUUUAGUCAGUUUGCUGUUCAUUUAAGCACAGUUGAAUCAUUCCACAGAUUGCAAGUGAUAACACUAUGAAAUGCAUUUAAAAAAAGAUGAAACAGAUAAAGUAGGGAGGGAUUGUGAAUAGUUUCUCGUACACAUACUCUGCCUUUUUAGUUCCUGUCUGGAAAAAUCUUUUAAUACUCAGGAAUUUUUAUGUCACUCAUGGAAAUGAAUGUAUUUAUUGCAUUUGACCAAAAAAAAAAAAAAACUGAUGGGUCUUCGCAAAGAUAUUUGCUGCCUUUGUAGUUGACUGGUAUAGAGUAUAUUCACAACUACAGAAUAAGAAACAAUUUGUGUUGUAAGUUUGGUACUUGUCAAAACCCGUAUUAUAUUCCAUGUUCAGGAUGUGCUGCUGGAAACUGGAUAGUAUGGAUUAUUCUAGUGGAGGAGUAGAUUAAAUGUAGGAAAAUGCUUGGAAAAUGUGACUGGUGUAAGACAUGCAAAAUGCAGCCUUGAUCCGAAAAUUUCAGUUUCUUUAGGUUGCUGAACAUUAUGAUAAAGAAAUGGUUUUAAACAUUGAAAAAAUAAUGAUUGAUUGUGAAACACAAGUAUCCUUAGCUGCCCAAAUUUGACAGCUGUACUUAGGCACAAAAUGUCAUUAUUAUUCUUGGGGGAAAACUAUUUUUAAUAAGCUCGGUUCACGUAGAAAUAAUGAAACCUGUUUCUUAUUUAUAAAAAACUCUAAUGAAUUUGAUACAAAAGAGCAAAGACAAUAAUUGUUUUUCUGCAUAAUGCAGCAUAUUGCUGUCAUCUUGUCAAAUUAUUUUACUCUUGUAAACUGGCUUACACCAGUACAAAUGUAGACUGUAACAGAACUGUAAUUGGUUACAAUAGAUGCAUCUACAAUGUUUCAAUAUGAGUGUUAUGUAUAUUUAAUGCAAGAUAAAUUUUGUUUUAAUAGUAAAAAGAAAUAUUAUAAUAUUGUACAAAUGUGAAAGAUUUAUUGAUGAAAUUUAUAUUUUGGAUUUAUAGUUUUUAAACGUUGUUAUGUAAUGUUGAUGAGUGAUGAAAGUUGAGUGUUGUGUAAGUAAAAUUUGUGAUGUAGUUGUUAAUGUUAUUGUAAAGCGCUACAUGCGAGAUUUUGUGUGAAUAUGUAAUGUAAAAAUACAGUAUUUAAUAUAAUAA